AUGGGAAACCAGUGGUCGCAGUUUUUCCCACCAAAGCCGACAUUCACAGAGGCCAAUGUAGGCUCUCUGGACGGCAAGGUGGUCAUUGUCACCGGUGGCUCCUCUGGUAUCGGGUUUGAGCUUGCCAAGAUAUUGUAUCAAAAGAACGCAAAGGUUUACAUUGCCGCCCGCAAUGAAGAGAAGACGCGCAAAGCCAUCGAGGAGAUCCAAGCUUCCGGCACCUCCAACGGCAGCCUUGAAUUCCUUUCCCUGAAGCUCGACGACCUGAGCAGCAUCAAAGCUUCAGCAGACGAGUUCAAGUCAAAAGAAUCCAAGUUGCAUGUUCUCUGGAACAAUGCUGGCGUCUCUCAACCGCCCGCUGGCAGCGUCUCGGCUCAGGGUAUCGAGCUGCAGUUCGCUACGAAUUGUCUGGGGCCAUUCGCCUUCACACAGUUUCUCUUACCACUCCUUGAAGCAACAGCCGCAGACGAGGCAACUCCCAAAGGCUCAGUCCGCGUGGUGUGGACCAGCAGCCAAGUCAUGGAGCUUUCAGCCCCAACUGAUGGCAUCAUCAUUGAUGAAUUCAUCACCCCUCCCAAGGAUCGAAACCGCAGCUAUACCAAUUCCAAGACUGGAAACUACUUUCUCGCUACAGAGCUUGCGCGGAGGGCAGCAUCGUCGUCUAUCGUGAGCGUCUCCCUAAACCCAGGCGCUCUCAACACGAAUCUUUUGCGGAAUGCACUUCAUCUCAAAUACAUGGCCUAUCCGCUGCUUCAUAAGCCCCGAUUCGGAGCCCUGACCGAGCUGUACGCUGGGCUCUCUACGGAUAUCAGUCUGGAGAAUAAUGGAUCUUACAUUAUCCCCUGGGGCAGGAUUUCGACCGGCGUAAGGGCUGACUUGGUCAAUGCAUCAAAGACCACUGAGGAAGGAGGGUCGGGAAAAGCACAGGAAUUUUGGGAGCUGUGUGUUGAGAAAACAAAGGACUACAUGUGA